AUGGCCAUUACCGUAGGCAUCGCCGGCAUCACUGGCAAGUUUGCUCGGCUGGUUGUGAACCACCUUCUCAAAGAAACCGAGGUGCAAAUCCGCGGAUUUUGCCGCAACGCCAACAAGCUGCCAGAGGAGACGCGCACCAGGCCCAAUAUAACCAUCAUCGAGGGCGAGGCGACUGACGUCGACAAGCUGCGCCAAUUCGCACAGGGUUGCGACGUUGUCGUCUGUUGUUACAUGGGCGACGACAAUUUGAUGAUAGACGGGCAAAAGCUUCUGAUUGACGCCUGCGAGGUCGAGAACGUGGUUCGCUACGUCGCCAGUGAUUACUCCCUCGACUUUACCAAGCUCGAGUACGGUCGGCACCCUACCAAGGACCCCAGUAAGCACAUCAAGGAGUACUUGGAAACCAAGAAGACCAUCAAAGGUGUUCACAUUCUCAUUGGCGCCUUUAUGGAAACUUUCUGGAGCUCAUACUUUGGCGUUUUCGACGCCAAGGAAUGCACGCUGUCUUUCUAUGGCAGUGGCCAUGAGGUCUGGGAAUCGACAACCUACGACACGGCGGCACAUUACACGGCCGCCGUUGCAAUGGACCCAGGAGCUACGGGAGUCCUGCAUUUCUUGGGAGACCGAAAGUCUAUUCAUCAAAUUGCAGAUGAACUUGAGCAAGUGUAUGGCAAGCGACCUCGGCUAGAACAUCGAGGCUCGCUCGAAGAACUGUACACCACCAUGCAGGCAAUAGCCCGAAAGGAUCCCGCCAACGUGUAUGCUUAUAUGGCAUUGUUCUAUCAAUACUACUGCACGAACGGUCAAACAUAUUUGAAGCAAGAACUGGACAAUCCACGAUACCCUCAAGUUUCUCCAGUCACGUUCAAAGCGUUUAUGCAGUCUCACAAUUUGGAGACUCUGAACGAGGAGUAUCAGACUGUUGGCACAGGAGUCUAG